AUGGAGGCUCUUCUCGGAUCCCAUGAUGUAUGGGACAUGGUGGCGAACGGUUAUGUCGAAUCGGAGACAGUACCGGAGAAUGAAGAGGAGAAACACAAAGAUCUACGAAAGAGAGAGAAGAAGGCAUUGUUCACAAUAUAUCAAGGAGUCGAUGAAGUAACGUUCGAGCUUAUUGCCUCGGCGACGACGUCCAAAGAGGCGUGGGAAAUUUUAAAGAAAUCUUAUGAAGGAGUCGAUAAGGUGAAGAAGAUUCGAUUGCAAUCUUUACGAUCGCAAUUCGAAAGUCUACAACAAGGGAGUUCCGAGUCGAUCUCGGAUUACAUUUCACGGGUAAUCACCAUUGUUCAUCAAAUGGCGACAAAUGGCGAGACGUUGAAGGACGUUCGGGUCGUGGAGAAAAUUUUGAGGUCCCUUGACUCAAAGUUUGAUUCUGUGGCCGUUGUGAUCGAAGAAUCUAAAGACUUAGAUUCAAUGACUGUGGAAGAACUUCUUGGUUCUUUGAAAGCGUUUGAAGAUAGACUGAAUCGGAGAAAAGGAGAAGAAAAAUCCGUUGAGCAUGCGCUCGAAGCAAAGCUCUCUCUGAAGACCGAAAAAUCAAGAGGAGGUUAUCAACAACGACGAGGAAGAGGUGGAAAUUACGGACGAGGAGGUCCUAGAUCAAAUUAUCGGGUGCCAACCAACAACCAUAACGAUUAUGGAGAAAAUCAAGCUGAGUAUGGUCGUGGUGGCCAAGGUCAAAGCUGGAACCGAGGUCGUGGUCGUGGAUUUGAAAGAAGCAAUGAAGGGAGAUACGAUAAGUCCAUAAUACAGUGUGACAUUUGUCAGAAAUAUGGCCAUCACUCUAAUGAUUGUUGGCACAAUCCGAGAAACAAUGAAGGAAGGUAUGACAAAUCCGGAACUCAAUGUCAUAUUUGUAAGAAGUUCGGUCAUUACUCGUAUGAUUGUUGGCAUAAUCCCGAUAACAAUGGUAGAAAGAAAGUUAAUAUGGUGGAAAAAGAAGGUGAUGAUGCAGAAGAAGUAUUGAUGCUAUCCCAGAAUGAAGUCGGACCAAGCAUUGAGUCCGAACCAUUUGUUACAUGGUAUCUUGACACGGGAGCAUCCAAUCAUAUGUGCGGCAGAAAGGAGCUAUUCACAAAGCUUACCGAGCGAAAUUUUGGUAAUAUCACGUUUGGUGAUCGUUCAAAAAGACCGAUAGAAGGAAAAGGUGAUAUCACACUGACCUUCCAAAACAAGAGACAGGUUUGCAUUUCCAACGUCUACUAUGUUCCUGAUAUAAAAAGUAAUUUGUUGAGUGUGGGACAAUUGUUGGAGAAAGGUUUUGAUGUAAGGUUGAAGAAUACAUCCCUUACCAUCCGAGACAAAAAUGACAAAUUGAUCACAACUGUGGAGAUGACGAAGAACAGGAUGUUUCCGUUGAGGCUGAGAAAGACGAGGAGCAUUCGGGAGGUUUAUUCAACUCAACCGAUAGAACCCGGUGACAUAUGA